AUCAUAAGGACCAAAACAACUCGUGACCGGUGUUGCCUGUGUGGACCCAAACAAGAUUUGUCUGAGAAAAUUAAUAUAUGAUGGAGCAUAUAUAGCAUUUUUUAACUUCUUGUAUUUUUCAAAAUGGUCAGCCUGUCGGAAACCUCCAGGCACUCAGGGGGGUAUUUCUUCAAUGAUGAGCAGAACUCAAUCCAGACUUCAGACACAGAAGAGCUCCUGCGUGACCAUGUGGCCCUCACGGGGGACGGGGAAAUUGUGUUCAGGAAGAUCAACACCCUGUGGGCCAUCGUUUGUCAGAUACUGCUGUCUAUUGCUCUGCUGACUGGCUCGUUCAUCAUCCCCGUGUUCUGCCUGCAGAACAAGUGUGGAGCAGACGACAUAACGCUAGUAAUCUACAUCCAUGGGGGUUUCUGGUUCAUCUUCCUGGCAUUCGACAGAUACUACCGGCAGCAGCACUACGUCAACAGGCUCAAUGGUUAUCUGGAGUUCUACAGGAGGACAAAAAAUAUUCGCAGAAUGCCGUUCUUGAUAACAUCCGGAGGCAAUGCGUUGCUGCUGAUAGUCACCAGGAUCCUGGACGAGUACUGUCACACACCAGACAAGUGCUAUAUACUGAAGAAAGAAAACUAUAUCCAGAUUGUUGUUGCCGUGGAGACUGCUAUAAUUCUGCUAUUCCUCAUAAUGUACCUGGCCAGCACCUACAAGUUCAACCGGCGCCAGGCUCACCCAGAUGUAAGUCAGGAUGAGAUGCUGAACAGCUUCAUCCAAUCGCAAUCCCAAGCUUCUGAGAUCGGCUUCAGAGAUGAGAACUACGUGGACCAGGUUUUGGAGAAACAGGCAGACAUGAUCCGAUACCUGAAGCAGCACAACUCCCAGCUCGGGAAGAGGAUUCUGGCCCUCACAGCUCAGAACAAUUCUCUCAACGAGCCACGCUCUUGAGACACGACGGGACGGUUAUUCCCAAAGUUACAUCUCCAAAACUCGCAGACAUGGGAACGCUUUUAUCAUCUUUCAAUCCUGCACCUCAUAGUGUGUUGUCAGGAUCUAAAGACCUGUGUAACAUUUGCAGAUCAAAGUGUCUGAAUGUGUUUGGGUGGAUCGUGCAGAAGUGAAGACCUUUGUUACACUUGCAGAUUUUCCAGAUCUGAGUGUCUAAAUGUGUUUGGGUGGAUAUUGCUGAGCUGAACACCAUUGUUACACAUGCAGAUGUUUCAGAUCAGAGUGUCUAAAUGGGUUUGGAUUGAUUGUGAAGAACUGAAGUCUUUCGUAACAUUUCAGAUCUUGGAUAUUGCAGAACAGUUGACUUUCAUAACAUUCCUUUCUUUGCGCACAAACAGAUCAGUUGAAACAUUCGGGAAGAAAGUGGUUGUUACCAUGGACAAGAGAAUGUGCGGAACUUUCUCAUAUUUUCAGAUUAAAUAUAUCUGAUCCAGAUAAAUAUUAUGUAGCAUUAGUUUUGAUGUGCAACAGAACUUUACCACGGAUAUGUUUGGUAUGUCACAGACGUACGCCAGUUGGUGCUGGAACAAAUGACACUUUCUUGGGCUGAUGAUGAGUGAGUGAGUGAGUUUGGUUUUAUGCCGCUUUUAGCAAUAUUCCAGCAAUAUCAAGGCGGGGGACACCAGAAAUGGGCUUCACACAUUGUGCCCAUGUGGGGAUUCGAACCCGGGUCUUCGGCGUGACGAGUCAACGCUUUAACCAAUGGGCUACCCCACCGCCCGGGCUGAUGAUGAGCUGUGUGUUGUGUAAACCCUGUUUUCCCGUGCUCACGACUUCUAUAUGAGGACCUACCUGUAGUUUUUUUUCAGGGUGAUAUGGGAUGAAUAUCUUUUAAGUGAGUGAGUGAUUAAGUAUAGUUUUACUCCGCUUUUAGCAAUAUUCCCUCAAUAUCACAGCAGUGGACUAUUUUUUAAGAUCAUGAAGUUGUUGUUAGCACUGAAGAUGGAGCCCUGAGGAUGAUAGAAAAGUCUGUUUCCAUUCAGGUUGUGUGUAGUUAACCAAUAUGGAAACUGACUUUGCCAUUCAUCAUGCUUUUGUCGUGAUCCUAUUCUUAGCCCUAAAGGGCACCUGUCAUCGGGAAAGAUUGUUGUGAGUUGGGUGGAGUGAGAUGGGAGCGGCAGGACUGAGCGGGCAGAAUCCUCUUAACCUGUUAUUGCUUUUUGUUAAAGUGAUAGAAGUAUCAUCUUUGAUCUCACAGUUAUGCAUGAGUGUAUUUAAAUGUAAUUAUUUGUAAUAAAGACAUUGUGAACUUC